GCAUUGCAAUCUGUGAAGGAUGCAGAAAUAUUUUGAUAUCUGAUUGAUCAAUGACAAACGUUGAAAUGCUACACAUUUUGAGAUAAGUUAGCGCGGAUUUUUAUUGAAAAUAUAAUUUCCGUUAAUUUUGUGUUAAUCAAUUUAUGACAUUGUCACCGAACGAUCGACCGACCAUAGCCAUCAACGGCAAAAGUAUAAAAGUGAACUACAUCUUUGGAGUCUGAAUCAGUUAUGUGUUGGCAUUACACCUGAAACAAAAACCGAGAUUCUUACGACAUUAACAAUGAAAUACGCGAUUUUAUGUCUGGCUUUGUGCUCUGCUGCAAUGGCAGAUGUCUCGGAACUGGGUUACAAUUAUCAAGCACCCUCAUUUGGUCCCAUUGCAGGGGGAGGUGGUUUCGGUAACUCACAGAGUAGUGGAAGUUUUGGCCAGACAUUUGGUGGUGGUUUUGGUGGGGCUCCUUCAAAUGCUUACAUUCCUCCAGAAGCUUCCGUUUCAGUUCCCUCCAGCAGUUAUAUUCCUCCUGGCCCAGCACCUGCACCGGUCUUUCAAACAUAUUCCGCACCCACAAACACUUACAUUCCUCCCCCGGUGGGAAACUCCUUUGGAGGUGGUUUCGGUGGCGGCGUAUCCCAGGUUGCCUUUGCCGAUAUUAGCAACUCCAUAGCUCCCCCUGUUGCCGAUUUUGGCACAGAGUUAGCCGACGAUGGUUACCGUUACAGGACGGUUCGUCGUCGUGUGUACCGUACACGCAUCUGAAUACGAAACGAUUUAAAAGCAAUUCAAACCUUUGGUUUAGCUUUUGCCAAAAGUAUUAUUCCAAACAAACAAAAAAAUA